AUGGCGUCGUUCACGCGUGUGAUUGCAUCAAUUGCUAUUUUUACAGCUUUGGCCAGUACUUCAACCUUGGCUAAAGAUAUUGUGGUUGGAGAUGAGAAUGGUUGGAAGCUAAAUUUCGAUUAUCAAGAUUGGGCAAAGGGAAAACAGUUUUUUGUUGGUGAUAGACUCAUAUUCAAUUACGCACAAGGAGCUCACAAUGUGUACAAAGUGGAUGGAAAUGGGUUCAAAACAUGCACAUACGACGCAGGAACAAAUGCUCUAACAAGUGGGAAAGAUGUAAUUACCAUAGCUGGGGAUGCUGGGAAGAGAUGGUACAUUUGUGGAGUGGGCAACCAUUGUGAACAAGGCAUGAAACUUGUUAUCAAUGUUCAAACAAAAGAUGGAUAUUCCAGCGACAAAGAAGGUUCUUCUAGCGACAAAUCUGCCGCUACACCUUCUUCAGGACUUCUUAAUCCUCAGUUUUUUGCAUGUAUGAUUGCUUCAUUGGCAGUGUUCCUCGUGACCAUUAUGGUCUAA